AUGUCGCAGUCGCAGCGAGCUCCGAGCUCGCCGUGCGACGCCACGUGGCGCAUCUCCGCCGGCGGCGGCUUCGUCCCCGCGCGGCAUGCCCGGUCGCAGUCGCCGGUGCGCGGGCGGUCCGCCACUCCCAGCAGCUGGUCAUCGUCCUCGAUGACGGACGACGGCAGCGGCGCGGUGGUGGUGGGGCCGGCGAGGGGUUCCGAGACGCCGGACACGCGCGCGCGGAUGCCGGGGCUGUCUCGGUGCGCGUCCCCGGAGGCGCGUGCCAGGAUCGGCGCCGCGUCGCCGGGCACCGCGCGGCGCGUGGCCGUGCGGCUCUACGAGAGCCUCGGCCGGCACGGGCUCCGAAGGGAGGCCGACCGCGCGUUCCGCGACGCCGUCGCCGCCGCCGACGACGAAGAUGACGCGCCGGCGGACGUCGGGGGAGGAGGAGUCGCCGGGCGGGAGCUGACGGGGAUGGCGUGCCUGCUCAAGGACGGCUUCGUCGGCUACCUCAGGGAGCUCGCCAAGAUCACGCCACCUGUUCCCAAGCAGAUCGUCAAAUUCUGUGGGAUAACAAGCUCGGCGAAGAUUGAGACAGCUGCCUUCAGCUAUGAGACCUUUGGCAACAAGCUGCUCGAAUGCUUUAUGCAACCAGUAAGAAGCCUGUCCCUGAGCAAACGAUCAGCUGAGUUUCAAAUCUUGAAAGGAAUUGAUGGCUACAUCAUGCCGGGUUCUAUGACUCUAGUCCUUGGUCCACCUGGCAGUGGAAAGAGCACCUUGCUGAAGAUACUUGCUGGUAGAGCCGCGCCAGGUGAAGAUUCUGGAUUGUCAGGCAUGGUCAUCUACAAUGAAAAGACAGUAUCUGAAGUUCAAAAUAGUCGCCUGAUUGCCUAUGUCUGUGGUCAGCUCAACAAGCACAUUCCCUUCCUCUCAGUCCGAGAAACUCUUGAGUUUGCAAGGGACUGCACGCAAGGUCUCCGGCCUGAGAAUUUCACACCACAAAUGCGAAAGUUCUUCGCCUAUGCACUCGUGGAAGGACAGGAUCCUUUCCUUGAAUAUGUCAUGCAGAUCCUUGACUUGAAGAAAAUAGAGAAUUUCCGUGUUAGUGGCAUUUCAGAUACUGACAGGGAUAAGCUGACGAUAGCCGAGCUUGCAGUGGGGACCUACUCGGUCAUGGUCUAUGACCAGCCAUUGACAGGCUCAGAUCCAGCAAUGACCUAUGAUUUGGUGAACACUAUAAGGGCUGUCUGUAGAGUCCAACAAUCAUCUGCAGUCAUGGCCCUCAAUCGCCUCUCCAACGAAGCAUUUGACCACUUUGACAGGAUAAUCCUUCUUGGAGAAGGGCAUCUGCUGUACCAAGGCCCAAGACAGGAUGCAGUCACAUACUUUGCUCAACUAGGGUAUAUGAAGCCUCCACAUGUGGAGUCCUGGGAGUUUCUCCAAGAUAUCGCUGCAGAAAAUGGCAUGCAGUACCUAUUGCCAAGGUCAAAUAUACGAGGCCUGGAGGAGCUUGUGGAAUGCUACUACUCAUCAGAUCAUUACCUGGAUGUCAUAAGAGUCAUUGGCAAGAGCAAAGAGUUCAGUACAUAUUGGGUUGAGAGCGAGCCAGGAAUCGGCUUAUCCUUGAAGAAAUCAAACAUAUUCAACUCAAAUAAUGCUGAACAUCAAGAAAUGGAAGUAGUUGUCACAAAACUUCUGAACAAAUCAAGAUAUAUUAGUGGGAUUGAAAGUUCAGGAAACAUCCAAGUUGGCGAUGUGGUGACGGGAAUUUCCAUAAAUGAAGAGCCGAUGCAGUAUCUGGCAUGCAUUCUUGGUAUAUUUGCUGGGACACUGUUCUACAAGCUUGGAGGGCAGUAUAAUCUUCAACAUAUGAACUCUGUGAGAGCUCUUGGGGACCAAAGAUUUUUCAGGACAUCCUCCUAUGUUGUUGCCCAUUGUGUCACAAAUCUGCCACAGGCUUUUAUUGAGGCACUCCUUUAUUCAGUUUGCGUAUACUUUCUAGCGGGGUUGACAAUGGAAAACAAUGGAGUAGUGUUCCUCGACUACUUAGUUCUGAUGUUUCUUGUGGCUUACUUUGGAUCAUCAAUCUUCUUCUUUCUGAGUGCAGUGGCAUCCAUUCCUGAAGUAGCAAAUGCGUUGGCAGGAAAGCCUUAUGUCCCUUAUAUGAUUCUUAUUGGUUGGACGCUACUCGCUCUGUUAAUGGCAUUGAUGUUCCUAAAUAAAAUAGAGUUUUCACAAAUCAGUCAAUCUGUACCACAGAUUAAUGAAAGGAAAUUUUCAAAGAACUACUUAUAUGAUGUGGAAGUUUAUUCAAGCUCACUUCAUGGUUAUAUAGAAGAUCCUAUUGAGUCCGGCAGAUACAAAUCUCUGGAGCCACCAAAGUUAGCAUCUAGUUCCAAAAUAGUAAUUUCUGAGGGUGAGAAUGGUAGUGUUGAGAGCUGGAGGGAAGAAUUCAGAGUUGAAGUCGAAUCAGAGCACCUGACAAUACCAGUCACACCAAUCACUUUAACAUUCUUGGAUCUAUCAUUUGCUAGGUGUGGAAAAGUAACAAAGGAAGAAGCUAUAGAUUUUGAGAAUGUCAGUGGAUAUGUGAAACCAGGAACUAUGCUAGCUCUUGUAGGGGGUGCUAAUGGAAGUGCAUCUACACUUCUGAAGUGCCUUUCAGGCAGGACACCUCCAGGUGGCAGUUUUACUGGAGAUAUCCGAGUCAAUAGCACCAAACCCUCCGCUGAUUUCUCUAGAAGUGUGGGCUAUGCUGAGCGGCUUGAUGCUCAUCAACCAUACCUCACCAUACGUGAGUCACUUCAAUUCAGUGCCAGCCUUAGACUAAAAAAUGGCAUUAGCAAAACAAGAAGGCACAUACAUGUUGAAUUAGUUCUUGACCAGCUGGGCUUGCAGUACUAUGCCAACCACUUGGUUGGUUCCUUGAGAGACGGCACUGGGAAAACAUAUGAAGUAGCAAAGAAGCUCACAAUUGCGGUUGAACUUGCAGCAAACCCAAGUAUUCUGUUCCUUGAGGAGCCUAUUUCAGGUCUUGAUUCGUCUGGAACCUCAGCAAUUUUGAGCAUCCUGUCACAGUUACCAGUUUAUGGUCAGUCAGUCAUCGCGACAGUUAGUCAUCCCAAUACCCGCGCACUUUCAUACUUCCAUCAGGUCAUCAUCCUAACUCAUGAAGGCCGUCAAGCUUACUUCGGUCCAGUAGGACUCAAUUGCCAUGAAAUACUCGGAUACUUUACUGCGAUCCCAAGGGUGCCUCCUUACAUUCAGACACAAAAUCCUAUUAGUUUCGUUAUGGGUGUAACUGGACAAGGGAUCCCAGGAAGAAGACUUGCCGUGACAGAUUUUGUGGAAGAGUUUCAAAAUAGUCAUUUGCAUGAGGUGUCCAUGAAGGUCAUUAACAACACUACAAAGAACAAAAAAUUUGCGAAAGAAAAGGACAGUAAGAUAUCCAUUAGUCGCAACUAUCCAGCAUCAUUUAUAAGGCAAAUAUGGUUGGUUUUGUUGAGGACACAGAAGUUCUUAUGGAGGAAUGUGAACUACACUUACAGCAGGUUUACUGGUUGCGUAAUGAUUGGGUUACUGAUGGGCUCACUCUAUUUCAAGAUUAAGUAUGAAGACACAUAUGGGGUGACUUCUAGAUCACUGUACAUCUACAUGCAAACUAUACUCAUCGGGGUUAUAUCUGCUAACAAUGUGAUUCCUCAAAUUGGCACUGACAGGCUCGCUUACUUCCGAGAAAUGAGGUCUAAGAUGUACCUUCCGAUAUUCUACCCAGUGUCAUGGGUGAUCAGUGAAAUCCCCUACUUCCUCAUAGCAACGCUGGCAUUCGUUGGCAUUGGCAAUGGCAUGGCAGGGAUAGCAACCGAGAGAGCCACUGAUUUGCUGGCCUAUUGGUCAGUUCUGUUCCUCUUCACUCUCUGCAUGACCUACUUUGGCAUGAUGAUCACAUUCCUAGCUCCAAGCCCGAUCCUCGCCGCGUUCCUUGUCUCCAUAAUCACGUCUCUGUGGAUCUCUGCCUCUGGCGUGGUGGUCCUCUUCUCAGACAUCAGGUUCUACAAGUGGAUGUACUGGACAAACCCGUUUCAAUACGCGAUGAGCACGCUCACGACAAUAAGCUUCUACUGCGACACAUCCUUGUGCCAGAGACAGUGCUCAUGCCCACGGCUCCCUGACGGCUCAUAUGCGUGGGACAGGAUAGCAAGCAUCAGGUCUUUGAGCCAAGAGAGGAUCGACGCGGAUGUGGUAACCUUAGCAGGGAUGUGCACCACAUUUGCGGUGCUUGCUCUCCUCUUCUUCAUCAUUCUGAAGCAUAACUCACAGCAAGCCCAUUAA